AAAAAAGAGAAAAAUCCCUUUCCAUCUGCCUACCUGCCACAGGAUCGCCGGUUAUACACCUGCUCUUUGACGACCGAGAUACUUUCUAACAAUAAUAAUAUACUGUCAUUAAUAUCAGUGGAUACUGUGUAACAGGUAUGCACAGGUGUUGGAAGCUUUGGUUACAUCGUCCGAAGUGAAUCAGCAGCUAUUGCAGAACAGCUUAAUCUUCAAGCCACAGGAAGUCACUAUGUGGAAGCUCAUAUGGACCUGCACCUUGUGUUGUUUAAGCUGCAUUUUUGCAAUAGGCCAGCUGGAUAUUACUGCAGAGAAAGCUAAACGGAUUCCCACACGUAUGAACACAGAUAGGCGCUCACAAAGAUUGUUUCAAAUGUUUGCCGAAAAGCCUGGAGACCAAGAACACUUGCCGAGACGUAAACGUAAUGUUUUUCUGUCCAGUGGAGUACGCCUUUGCCAUCAAGAAACAGUGCAGCAAGCCAUCACUAACCACCUAAAAUACUACCAGCUCAGAGUGUGUCAGGAAGUUGUGUGGGAGGCCUUUAAAAUCUUCUUGGAGCGCCUCCCCCGUCAGCAAGAGUACCAGAGCUGGAUGAGCCAAUGCCAGACCGAGAGAGUCUCCAUACGGGAGAUUGGCACGCACUUUAGCCAAUUAGAGGAACACAUAGAACUUGUCUACAGAAGACUUGCACAGACGGGACUGAAAAGUAAGACACCUACAUACUCAGUAUGCAGACCAGAGGAUUCUUCCCAUGAGCCACCAGGUGAUGAGCUUCCAGCUGAGACUACUGCAUUGGUGACCACAACGGUUCCAGAUGAGGUCAUCUCUGAGAGUGAGAAGGAAGUUACUGCAGAAGCACCAUAUGUUGUCGUGACAAUGGCGCUGGAUACUGAGAUCACUAAUGAGAUUGAGCAGGAGGCAGCUGCUUUGCCUACACAUCCUCUGGUUGAACAGAGGGUGGAGCUGGCUUUGUUACUGUCUGGAGAACCAUGGAGUGAAGAGCUGUUCAACUCCACCAGCAGUGAGCAUCGCAGACUCACUCAGCAGAUUACAGAGAAGAUUUCUGCUGCUUUGGAGAAACUUACAGAAUUUAAGAGUGUGUCAGUAUUGAACAUCAGGCCAGAGGUGGAUUCCUCAAGUGGUGAUAAGGCAAUACUGGUGGAAUAUGUUGUAUCCCUCCGGACCAACAGUGAAGUAAUCAGUAGUGAGACGCUGGACUUCAUUAAUCUUCAAUCCAACAUGGUCGAGGGCACCUUUAGUUACUCAGAGGGGCCCACAGUCCAGUACACCAUUACUGACCUCCACCCUGACAUCACUGAGGCUCUGCAUGAGGAAACCCAUUCUACCGAGGAGUUACCAGACCCUGACCUCAAGGAUGACAUUUUAUCAGUAGAAAAACCAUCAGAGUUGCCUGGAGAAGUGGCAAAGGAGGUCUUUACAAUUAGUGACCAUUUGGAUACUACAAUGUCAAAAGAGGAAGAUAUGGGAGAGCUGGAUGUCAUACAUUUAGAUGAGACCACACAACCGCUUAUAGACUAUCCCAGCGUCAGUUUCUCAGAGGACAUUCAAGACAAGGACUCGGUGUUACAGUUUUCCCCUAGCCAGACUCCUGCUGUGGAAGAUGAAGCGGCUGGUCCUGCUAUCGAUGCCAAGCAAGACAGUGACAUCACAAUGGAUGACCUUGACCCUGCCUCUGGAUUUGGUAUAAUCGAAGAAAAUUGGGUAACUGUUCUUACUACUGAAGCUCAAGAGCCAGUUGGAGAUAUAGAAGUUGAUGAAGAGUUUUUGGUUAAUGUAGAUAUGCCACAGAAAGAGGACUAUGAAUUCUCCACAAUUACAACAGUGGUUGAACAGGACCAGAUCUUGCCUGAGAAAACCACAGAAUUGAUUACUGUUGAAGCUGGAGAAGAUGAAAACCUACAACGUGGUAGUGAUGCCCCGGCAAAGCCACCAGUCAAGGUGGCUGAGGCAGAAUCUACCUCACAACCUGAGGAAGACCUCAUAUUACCUGCAGAAGAAGAGAGGCAAAAGGAAGACAACAAGGAAGAAAUUGUUCUAACAGAAUCACAAAAUGAUGAGGAAACUGAAGCUGCUGUGGUCACGAAGGAGAAAUCAGAGGAGGCUGGAGAAGAGGAAGAAUAUGUUGACAGUACCACAAUGGCACAUGAGAACAAAGAUUUUGUACCAACAGAUGUUUCAGCUAUACAGCUUUCAAAGGAAGUUCUAAAACAGGAAGAGAUCCUAUUGGUCACCAUUAAACCAGCAAACCCAGUUUACUCAACAUCGCUUUCACCUGAAAUAGAACCACCCUUCUCCCUCUUCACCAUGAAGACCCCAGAAGAGGUGGAGUUUGAUUUAAAUUCAGAGGUCAUGACUACAUCUCUGGAUUUGAUUGAUUUCAGAGAGGACGAGGGUAGUGGUCUCUCUAGUGUCAUUCAGGGCGAUUCCAGCACUGCCUUGCCAACUAACCCUGGGCGGUAUUUGGUAGUGUUUUUCAGUCUUCGUGUAACUAACAUGAUUUUCUCUGAGGAUUUGUUCAAUAAGAGCUCUGCAGAGUACAAAGCCUUGGAGCAACGCUUCCUUGAACUGUUGGUACCAUAUCUGCAGUCAAACCUCAGUCACUUUGAGAACCUGGAGAUUUUGAACUUCAGAAAUGGAAGUAUUGUGGUGAAUAACCGUAUGAGGUUUGGGAAGCCUGUUCCACGUGAAGUCAAUGCCGCUGUCUACCUCAUUCUUGAGGACUUCUGCAACACAGCUUACCAGACCAUGAACCUCGCCAUUGACAAAUAUUCUUUGGAUGUCGAAUCAGGGGAACAUGCAGACCCAUGCAAGUUUCAGGCUUGUAAUGAGUUUUCAGAAUGUACAGUGAACCGCUGGUCAGGUGAGGCUGAAUGUGUGUGUAAUGCUGGUUACUUCAGUGUGGACGGACUACCCUGCCAGAGCAUCUGUGACCUUAAGCAUGACUUCUGCCAGAAUGAUGGGAAAUGUGAUGUCAUUCCCGGCCAAGGAGCCAUCUGCAGAUGCCGUGUGGGGGAAAACUGGUGGUACAGAGGGGAACAUUGUGAAGAAUAUGUUUCUGAGCCACUCGUGGUUGGCAUUGCUCUAGCAUCUGUUGCUGGGUUCCUGAUGGUGGCAUCAGGAGUAAUCUUCUUCUUAGCAAGAACUCUGAGAGACCAGUAUGACAGGGAUGAGAUGGAGGACCAAGUACGGGGAGAGGACAGGCCACCAUUUAUAGACACAGCCACUAAGUAUAACCCCAUGUUCGAGAGCGAUUUAACGACAGGCUACAGCCAUUACUACCAGCGGUACCCAGAGCCCCCAGUCCACAGCAGUGCCAGUGCGGAAGCAUCCACUGACUUCAGCAGUGAAGAGAUACGCCAUAUUUAUGAGAACAGCGAACUUACCAAGGAGGAGAUUCAAGAUCGCAUACGCAUCCUUGAACUCUACACGAGAGAUCGCCAGUUUGCAGAUUUUUUGCAGCAGCAUCAAAUAACAAUGGAUAAUCGAAGAGAAAGUUCCUCAACAUAGGACAUAUGUCCAAGAUCCUGCUGGGUGCAUGACAUUGAAGAAACUUGCCUUGUCUUUUGGGAAAUGACCUCUCAGUGAUUCCUGAGCAAAAGCCUCUCAUUUUCCUGUUAGAGACUUUGGCCAUCACAAAUAAAAAUGUUUAACAAUAGAUCUUUCUUAAAAUAAGCUAUUUUGUUGCUUUUAUUAUUAUAUUUGCCCUACUGUUAAAGACCAUUUCACUUUUUUCUUUAUUAGAACAAGAUCGCAGUCACAGACAAUGCCAUUGGUUGACAUUUUUGUUAGUGCCUUAUUCUUAUAGUUGUGGUCCAUCUCUCAGCCAAACAAUCUCAGCCAAACAAUCUGGUUUUCAGAGGAAAAUAUCCCUGAUGCAUUAUUCUUGAAAGUUACUUGAUUCACAGACCAUCAAUGUUCUAUUUAUUUUUUUAUUCUUUGAAACCUUUUAUUAGAUUAACUGCUUGUCAGAAAUUUCAAGACAAAAUAAACAGCUAAUUUUAAUGUUUAUUUUAUUAAAUAUCAAAAAUGUUUGAAAAUUAACUGAAAACGUACAAAACAAUAAAAAGUGGCCUCUAAUAUGUGAUAAGAAAGAAGAAAAAACACUGCAAAGUCCAAUGUUAUUUUGAAAAGUAGAUUUGUCUCUUUAAAUUUUUGUUUGAAGAUUGUGAGUAUUAACAGGGGUUACAGUUUUAUUAUGCAACAAUAAUGUAUAUUAUCAUUGUUUUAACUGCCCUUGUAACGGAGUGGCUCCUUUAAGCCAAAAUCUCUUUAAGGCAAGUCACUUCACUUGGCAGCCAUCUUCGGCAGCUGUUUUCUAUGUAGGCUACAGUGUGUAAUAGUCAUAUAAGUACAGUUCCUAUAUGCUUGAAUGAAGAAAGACCAAAAUCUUCAAACACGUUUGUUUCAGAAACAUAUUUCAAAUCAGCAAUAAAAUAUCAUAAAUCUUGCUUCUUAAGCUUAAAUCAUCGUUCAUAUGACAAAAAGGCUAGAUUUCGAUUCCUACUGCUAUUUAGUGUGGCAGCUUUUUUUCAGUGAGUUGUCUGUCACCACUUCUUUGCAAUAAUUGACAUUUGUAUGUAUUGUUUUACAUUAUUUAUUGUAUUUAAAUUUGUAUCAGUUGGUAUAGUUCAGUAACAAAUGAUAUUACUGUCAUCUUUUAAAUGCAUAAUUACUCAUGUGGGCAAAUGAUUUGACGACAAUUGUCAUAUUUGUGUGGUGGAUUAUGCCUUUAAGAAUUAAAUGUUGUUAUACUGAAGACUUUUAUUUACAAGUUUUAUUACAGGUACUAAGUCAUUGUUUACAGUCUAUGGUUUAUUGCCAUUUUGUCCCUGUGUGUUAAUUUAGUCUGAAGUGAUGUCUUUUCCUGAGUUGGUCUGCUGCUCUUUCACGUAUCACAGCUAAUUUAGGAGUACAGAGAGCUCACUACAAUUAGUCAAAGCUGAGAUUACGGCCCAGAUUACAGGGAUUUACUGUACCUGCAGUGCAGCCUAUGCUGUAAACAGGAAGAUGUGACUGUUUGUUUUUCUAUUAUACCAUGAACAUUUUUACUUGUAAAUGGCUCUAAUAUAUGUAUACACAGGGAGGUCUAUAGUUUUAGACAGACUGCAUAUGUGCAAUAGUAGGCUAUCAUGAGUGUUUGGAAGGCGUUUGGAUGAAAAUGAAAAGCUCUCCUGA